GACUGUUUUGGGUGCCAAAGCGAGUGAUUUAGCCGGAAGAAGCUAGCGGAAGGUGCGCUCCGUCGAGUCCCGGUAAAAGUUGCUGCAAAACGGUGCGAUCCGUGACUGAAAAGCGACGUGAAAGUUCGUGCUCUGGCGCAGUCCAAACCUCCACACCGAAAUGGCAAAGGUUCACAUCACCAACGUGGUCGUGCUGGACAAUCCGAGCAGCUUCCUGAACCCGUUCCAGUUCGAGCUGACGUUCGAGUGCAUCGAGGAGCUCAAGGAGGACCUCGAGUGGAAGAUGAUCUACGUCGGGUCGGCCGAAUCGGAAGACUUUGACCAGGUGUUGGACACCAUCUACGUCGGACCGGUGCCCGAGGGUCGUCACAUCUUUGUGUUCCAGGCGGAUCCCCCCCAACGUGGCGCAUCCCCCGAACAGGACGCCGUCGGCGUCACGGUGGUCCUACUCACCUGCUCGUACCGGGGCCAGGAGUUUGUCCGCGUCGGUUACUUCAUCAACAACGAGUACUCGGACCAGGAACUGCGCGAAAACCCCCCAGCCAAACCGCUCUUCCAUCAGAUGACCCGCAACAUUCUGGCGUCGAAACCGCGCGUCACCCGGUUCAAAAUCAACUGGGACGACACUCCGGCCAACGGUGCCGCGAACGGAACGUCCGGAACCGGCCUCGAGGAGGACAACGGAAUGAUGGACGAUGGUGCGCUCGAUGCUCAAAUGAAUCCGGCCACUUCCUCGUCGGCGGGUCUCGGUGCGGCCGGUUCGUCCGCUGGCGCUGGGAUGCAGGACGACAGCAGCAGUAUGGCGUUGCCGCGGGAGUUUAACGAGAAUUCCAACUCGCUGGCGAUGGAAUGCUGAGACAGAUGGCAUCCAUCUAGCAACGAGUGGCCCCACUAGGAUGUAGUUCAUGUGUGUUUUGUAUUUCUUUUUUGAUUAAUUUUCAUUUUCCUGUUUCAACCGUACCGGGUGAACUAUUUCUUUUCUCAUUGCCGUACAAUAAAGCGCGCGUGCACAGUUCAGGGCGCCGGCCAGCCGUUAAUCAUAGUUUUAAAACUAACGUUGCGUCAUUUAGUAAAAACUCAACCAUGCGAUCGUAAGACUAGAUAUAAAGUUGUGUAAAUAAUAAUGGAAACAAUUAGUAAUAAAAUCAUGCGAUAAAAUUGGG